GCCUGCUACCACUCAUCGUCUUCGCUCCCCCAAGCACAUUCUGGUCUACCAUGCGAGCUCAUAGGCUGGCAAUCAGCGCUAACAGGGCCAUAGCUCAGCCUGCAGCACCUCUGCUGGCUUCUGCUAGGCCAAUACCUCGCAGCAACGUUUCUCCACGUCCCUCACUACUCCUGUCUGCCAGUAAAUCCCGCUUCCCCUCCCACCGCUCCUUCACCGCAACAACAUCCACUCGCUCCGAUGGUGCCGCCGGUGAACCUCGCAAGACUGUCCUCUACGACUUCCACUUGAAGCAUGGAGGCAAGGUCGUACCCUUUGGAGGCUACUCCAUGCCCCUAUCCUACUCUUCUCUGGGCCAGGUAGCUUCUCACCACCACACCCGCAACUCAGCCAGCCUCUUCGACGUCUCACACAUGGUACAACACCACUUUGAGGGUCCUGGAGCUGGAGACUUCCUCGAGUGGCUCACUCCAUCGAGUGUCAAGAAGCUCGGAGAGCAUCAGGGGUCGCUAAGCUUGCUGCUGAACUUUGGAGGAGGCAUUCUCGACGAUCUCAUCAUCACCAAGAUCACCGACAACAAGUUUUACGUAGUCACCAACGCUGGCAGGCGUAGUGAGGACCUUGCUUGGAUCGCGGAGAGGCUGGCAGAGUGGAAGGAGCAAGGCAAGGGCGAAGUGAAGCACACGAUCCUGGAAGAUCAGGGGCUAAUUGCGCUCCAGGGACCAAAGGCAGUCGAGGCACUUGCAAAACACACCGAUGCCGAUCUCACCAAGCUAACAUUCGGUAAGAGCGUCUACGCCACCGUUGCUGGUGUGCCGAAUUGUCACAUUGUCAGAGGAGGAUAUACAGGAGAAGACGGAUUCGAGAUCUCCGUGUCUCCAGAAGAGACGGAGAAAGUCAGUGAAGCUCUCUUGGCCGAAGACACUGUCGAGCUGGCCGGUCUGGCUGCGCGAGACAGCUUGAGACUCGAGGCAGGGAUGUGUCUGUAUGGCAAUGAUCUGGACGAGACUGUGGGGCCAGCAGAAGGAGGACUGACCUGGGUCGUAGCCAAGGACCGCAGAGAAAAGGGAGACUUCAUUGGUUCGGAAAGGGUUCUGAAGGAGAUCAAAGAAGGUCCUACUCGGAGGAGGGUAGGAGUAGUGGUAGAAGGAGCUCCAGCCCGGGGCGGCGCACUCCUCUACGCUUCUGACCAGCCAGAAUACAUCGGCAUGAUUACCUCUGGCAUCCCCUCCCCCACCUUGGGGAAGAACAUCGCAAUGGCCUAUGUCAAGAAUGGAUACCACAAGAGGGGAACCAAGCUCGAGGUCGAGGUGAGGGGAAAGAGGAGAGAGGCAGUGGUGGAGAAGAUGCCCUUUGUGGAGAAUAAGUUCUUCAGAGGAUAGGAUAAAGAGAGAGAGCAGAGGAAGUGGAUAUCCUGGGGAUCGUGGGGGAUCUGAUGUUCGAGCUUUGCCCGUCCGUCCGCCCGCUCGCUGAUACCAAAAAGUCAUUGAAACCAAUACCGAUGAAUUGUUCUGUGGCCCCGACCUCGGAACGACCACGUGCACAGCCUGCCCCGUCCGGUCCGCAGAGAGAAUCGAGUUGCC